GGUGAUGACGGCUGUUUAUUUGUAUGUGUUUGUGCAAGUAUGAGAGCACAAAAUUCUCAUCACCUCAUACUUGCUUAGGGUUUUGGUUUCGGUUCUAUUUUGUGUCCGAAGCGUAAGUUGGACGAUUAGGCCCCUAACUACGACGCGGAAACAUCUGAACUCGUAUCCGUGAGAAUGCGAAAAGACGAACCUAACGCCGUCCAUCAGUCCUCCGACUUGAUUCGCCCAGUCGUGUCGGAUGCAGCCGAGACCAGUUCGGCUGAGUCAAGAACAAAAACUCGGCCUAGACUUCAGUUUUUUAUUCGGAUGUUAUCGGAGGGUAAUACUAUAGUUGUUCAAGCUGACUCAAACGACACCGUUAAGUCAAUUCACGAGAGGAUUCAUGUGAUGACGGGGAUCCCGGUCAUGGAGCAACGGUUAAUUUACCGGGGAAAGCAGUUGCAGUGGGAACAGUCGUUGGCGGAGUGUUCGAUACAAAACGCCGCCGGAUUACAGCUGGUAGGGCGUAUGCGAAGCACGGAAUAUCCACAAGCCUGGCAAGUGAUUGAUGAUAUGGUGGGUGUAAUUUGUCGGCUUUGUAAAGGUGAAACGGUACAGUCCUCAUUAAAACUCAUAAAAUCUCGGAUGACCGAGUUUUUUGCAAUGACACCAAAGGAUGAUACUGAAUUAGCAAUUGGUUAUCUUCAAAUAUUUUUGUAUUCAUCUGCUCCGGCUGCGUUGUUAAUGCUUUAUAUGUCACCAAUGAAUGGUAACAAAGAAUGUGCUGAUAGUUCAAUUAGGCAUUUUUUGAAUUCUUGUAAAAAUGCAUUACCCAAGAAUUUACAUAAGCAAUGUGCACCCAUAGUUCUAGAGUUUUGUAAAUUGCUUAGGAAGUUUACUCCUGAGGAUACGUUGUAUUUAGCAUGCCGGAGUACAUUGGGAUCAUUGUUGGAGAAUUUUGGUGGGGCGUUGUGGGAAGAGAUUGGUGUCCUGCGGGCAACAAAGUAUGGAGAUGACGUUAAGGGGUUGGCUGUGAUUCAAGAUGUUUUUCCCUUUGUUAGUGAAUUGGCUAGUAGGUUGUCUAGGGAUUUGACUUCAAGUAUGGAGAUGGUGUUGAGCGUGGGGCCAUUGGUGAGUGAUGUUCGUGAUUUUACUGCGCUUUUGGUCCCUUUACGUAAGGCGAUUUUGGGGCAGAUGGGAAUUACAUGUCCUAUUGCAGUGCCAUUGCCGAAGAGGGGAUAUAACCAUCCGUCUCAUGGGGAUGAGAUUGAGUAUCUUCAUGGUAUAUUUCGCGACCUACUGAUGAGAAUGGAUAAAUGCCUUGGUAAAGUGGAGGAACGUUUAAAUGUGAGAGGUAGUGGGGAUGGUGAAAUUAACUAUUCAGGAUGGUCGCAGUAUCUUACCAUAUUGAAGGAAUUAUAUGCCAUAUCUAAACUUUAUCAGGGCUCUGAAGAGCAAUUUUGGAAGGUUUUGAGACGUAGAAAGUCACCUUUGUGUGCUCUGAUUCUUAGAUAUGCAAAGCGGAGUGAUGAUCAUCGGUGGCUUCUUGAGCAUAAGGAUGUGACGAAUUUUGAAUCUAGGAGGCAUCUGGUCAUGAUGAUGCUCCCUGAGGUAAAAGAAGACUAUGAGGAACUGUUUGAGAUGCUCAUUGAUAGGUCUCACUUGUUGGCUGAGUCAUUUGAGUACAUAGUACGUGCACAACUUGAUGCACUACACGGUGGUUUAUUCAUGGAAUUCAAAAAUGAGGAAGCUACUGGUCCUGGUGUAUUGCGAGAAUGGUUUUUCUUGGUAUGCCAAGCCUUAUUUAAUCAACAAAAUGCUCUUUUUGUGGCAUGCCCUAAUGAUCGCAGAAGGUUCUACCCUAAUCCUGCAUCUAAGGUGGACCCCAUGCACCUCGAUUAUUUCAGCUUCUCUGGUCGGAUAAUUGCAUUAGCAUUGAUGCAUAAGGUGCAAGUGGGUGUUGUCUUUGAUCGUGUGUUUUUUCUGCAAUUGGCUGGGAAUUAUAUUUCUUUGGAAGAUAUACGGGAUGCUGAUCCACGCUUUUAUGAUAGCUGCAAGCAGAUCUUGGAGAUGGAUGCCGAGUUUAUUGAUUCAGAUGCCUUAGGACUGACAUUUGUUAGAGAUAUGGAGGAGUUAGGAUCCAGGAAAAUAGUGGAGCUUUGCCCCGGUGGGAAAAGUAUGGUUGUAAAUAGCAAAAACAGGGAGGAAUAUGUUAAUCUUCUUAUUCAGCAUCAAUUUGUCACAUCUAUCUCUGAGCAGGUAACUCAUUUUGCAAAAGGUUUUGCUGACAUUCUUUGUAACCCAAGACUCCAGAAGUUCUUUUUUCAAAGUUUAGAGCUUGAAGAUCUUGAUUGGAUGCUGUUUGGAAGUUGAAGUGCCAUACGUGUUGAUGAUUGGACAGAAAGCUCAUACCGAAUACAAUGGCUACAAAGAAACUGAUCCUCAGAUAUGCAUUAUUGUAAAAAGCAAAUAGUAGAAUUAGGAUUCUUAUUCUAUGUAUAUUAUAUAUAAGCUUUGUUAUUUCAGGUUUCAACAAUAAUAUUUCAGAAGUUUCUUAGACAUUUAUUACGGCGGAGUCGUGAAUCAAUUGGUAAGUGGUUUGUUAAUUUCAAUCGUAAUUAUUUAGAAUGUCAAAAGUCU